AUAUUACGCAGCGUCCUGGCGUAGUCGUCUCCAGGGGCGGCUCUUUUAUCCUCAAGGGUUUGGGAGUGUUCCUACAGCCAGGUGAGGAGCCAAGGGUGAACCAGGGACAAUGUAUGGGCGGCAAAGUGGAACGUCCGGGCGGUGGGCGGUUCAGUCUGUUUCACUACUGCUUAUUCUAAUACUGGCACCUCGUUGUACUACAGAGAAUCAAGAGACAUAUGAAGGCUGCGUCGAGCUGGAUGAUGAUGGAGUGAAAAAUCUAACACUACUAGAAGAUGACAAACACGUCUACAUCAAGCGCACUUCUGUCAACAACGCCACGGCAAUUCUCUCCCUCCCUCAACCAGCAUCAGAUAACGAGACCGUGUCCAUCAGUAUUUUCGAGAAAGGCUGGCGGAGGUUACGCCUACACACCAGGAACGUUUCGCUGAGUGACAAUGAGUCAACGAUCUGUGUAAGUGUGUUGUGGACUGAUGAGGAUGUGUUGGCUAUGUUUGAGACGUCGUCACCACCUACAGACAUGAGAGUGCUCAAUUACACAGACAUGUCGUGGGCCAUUGGCUGUCCCCCUGGGCAGCGCAGCGACUACACCACCGUGGGCAUCGAAGUUGAAGUGACAGAUGCCGCAGUAACGACGGAGCCACCAGUUGAGGUUAUGCGAUCGACAGAGCCACCAGUUGAGGUUAUGCGAUCGACAGAGCCACCUGAGAAAACAACUAAAACUGAGUGCCCCUCCACUAACUGUGACACCAGCAGCUCCCAGAUGUGUCUAGGAUUUUCCCUGACGAUGAUAAUACUGAAUCUCGUGUGGGCGGCAGUGGUCGGGUGCAUUGCGUACCACUGUGUCAUGGAUAAGAAGAGAUCAUUCUUGAGAAACAGAGAAAAUAAUAACCAUCAAGCAAACUGGCAGGUUUCUGUCGGACCUGAAGCCAUAUCUCACGAGUUGUCUCAUGUCAACCAAUCACAUAUCAGACCUAGUAUAACCUCAUGUCACUCCAACAACGAAUACUACAAUGAUAAAUCGCGCAUCGUGUCCUUCAAGAAUGCAGAUGAACCUCCAAGAAUGCACUCCCCAAUACACCCUCCACUACCUUCCUUACCUCCUCCAACUCUGAAUACACCGACCUCACCUCAUCCUCCAACUAUGCACAUACCUACCUCACUUCCUCCUCCUCCAACUGACAGCACAUCUUCCCCACCUCUUCCUCCUCCAAUAGACACGACCCACGACGAUCAAGAUGACCAUGACGAUAACGAAGACGAUGACUAUGAUUACCCAGAUUUCAAAGUACUACAAAAACAGAUCUCUAUGGAUAAGAUGAAGAAGCAGCCUACAAAAAAAGAGGCAGUGCAAUCGAAAGAGGAAGUAAAAGAAGAGGUGAAGACACAGGGUGAACGUAUGAAACUGUCAAGCUGGGACUCUGAUAACUCUCUCUACGUGCCCUUCAUUAUAGAUGAAAACGGAGAAAGAGAAUAGUGAAACUGAAGAGGACCACAAUAGUACAGACUUAGAAGAAAAUUGGAAGAUUAGAGUAAUACAGUAAAUAACUUAUAAAUUCGUUAAUAUUCAUUUGCACAAAGAAUAAAAUAUAUUCCGUUUUAUUUUCUAAAGAAUUAAACUAUAAUAACGAAAUAGUUUUGAAACCACCGCAGCCAUAAUUGGAUGAUAACCGUCUGGUGUAGUUAUCCACUUAGUGGCUACUUGUGAAUUAAAGUACUUAUAUAAGUUAUGCAAGUAUUAGCCUAAAUUAAAUACACAAAACUUAAGUAAUACUCACGUUUUCCAGAGGUACUCCCAUGUUCCCUUCAGGUGAAGUGUAGUGUUUGGUUCUCUGGAAAUACGGCAUUAAAUUCAGCUUCUGGAUCACUCCCCUCAUUAUUAUUCUUGGACAGGGUUUCAGUAUCAUGGCUCCUGUCACCAAUAAUGUGCUGGAAUAAAUAACUGCAUUUGACGAGCUUCAACUACCUUAUAUUUACAAUGAGUUCAAGACACCCGCCCCUCCUGUACACCGUUUGUCGACUGUGGCUUUGGCUUAGCUUUCAGUCUAUAACUUAUUAGUAUAUGGACCAAACAACAUACACAUUUAUAACAAAUCAAUGAUACUUCCCACAAGUCAAAUAUAUAUAUAUAUAUACCUGUAUGUAUUAUUAAUCGGCAGAAAUCGCCUGUGGUAAGGGAACUUUACAUUUCGAACAGAUACGAAAAACGUUCAGGUUGUUCCUUCCAUGACUCGUAACAACCUGCCUCUUGGUCAUGAUUAUGUUGGCCUGUUACGAAUGAAGCUCAGUAUUGUUUCGGAAGAUAAAGUAAACGGUCAAGAAUAUAAAAAUUUCUCUCGAUUUUUUCCAAACAAAAUCUAGUGAUAUUCGUAAUGUGCUGAGGCAUGUCGGCAAGAAUAAUUCCCGUGGAUAUAUACAUGUAUAGCCUACUGUGAUAUCAAACCAGGCACUGUAAAUAGUGAAUUAUUUGAGAUUACCUGAAGAAUCUUUUCCCUGGGUAGCGCUGAGUGGGAGAUUCUGUGGAGGUAUGGGAUGUUUGGUUCACACUCAGGGUGGGAUGGAGAAAGGAAACUCACAUGUGCCCUCUGUAUACAUGACUGGUUGGUGUAGGUAGAAAGAGAGCGAUCACCACGAGGUCAGGUCUUAA